CUCCUUUCUCAGACAUGCUUCCUGUUCUCGGCAUAAGAUCGUCGAAACGGCAAUAAACAACCGCGGGAAAGAGCCAACAACCACACCCAUGGACAACUAACUCUCCAGUACGAGCGCCACAAUCCUCUGCGUCUGUACUAUCCCUUCCCCAAGACAUGCUUUUGCCAAACCCCCACCUCCCCUUCCCAGCAUCCUCCUCAUCCCCAUCUGCUUCGGUCAUAGCCUCCAACACACAUCCCUGACCGAACCACUGAACCUGCUGUCAGCGUCAACAGUCGUAUCCACCCUUAUCCACAAGGACCUAGAGCUUCUUGGGAAUAGCAACUAACCCUUCCUUCCCCUCAUGCACGUUUCCUGCUGGGCGGGUUUAAAUACGUUGAUCCCGGCACCUCUGUAGCUGUUUUUUCCCUCUUCACAUGCUAUAGCUGCUCUCUACCUAGUGUGACCUUAAUCAUGAACGUCUUUCGCAGGAAGAACAAAACGGACGAUGCUGUCGCGGUCACAGAUGAGGUAGCUCUAGAAGGCCAUGAGGACCUCGCGGUCAUUGUCGCGGAGAAGACCUUGUGGCAGAAGAUAUUCCCCAUCUUGGCAGCUGGCUCGGGUCUCUUCUCCGAGGGCUACGUCCAGAGUGUCAUCGGAUCAGUUGGUACCAUCCUCGGCCAAAUCUACGGCCCUGCCUACAGCGACUCGAACGGCGCGAAGAACAUCGCCGCCAUUGCCUUUGCUGGCACCGUGCUGGGCAUGCUUGUCUUCGGUUACACGAGCGACAAGUGGUCACGCAGGAACUCCCUCCUCGUCGCUACGGUCAUCAUGAUCAUCUUCACAGCCCUUUGCGCCGGCUCGUACGGCGGCGGCUCACUCCCCGGCAUGAUCGCCGCGCUCACCGCGUUCCGCUUUCUUGUCGGGAUCGGUAUCGGCGGCGAGUAUCCCGCAGGCAGUGUCGCGGCCGCCGAGGCAUCUGGCGAGGUCAAGUCCGGAACGAGGAAUAUGUGGUUCAUUAUGUUCACUAAUGUGGCUAUUGAUUGGGGCUUUGUCAUUGGCGCGUUCGUGCCGUAUGUCUUGGUUCUAAUCUUCUCCGAGAACCACCUCCGCGCCACAUGGCGUGUGGCUUUGGGAUUGGGUGUUGUCCCUCCUAUGGUGCUGCUCUUGAUGCGGCUUAAGCUCCAGGAGCCCGAGCAAUACAAGCGCGAGUCCAUGAAGCACGUGAAGAUUCCCUACGGAAUCGUCCUGAAAUACUACUGGUUCCGCUUGUUUAUUGUUGGACUCAUCUGGUUCCUCUAUGAUUUCUCCGCCUUCGCCUUCGGCAUCUACUCGUCCACCAUCGUCAAACAUAUCAUUGGAGACGAUGUCCCUCUCUCCACCACAUUCGGCUGGAACACAGUCAUCAACCUCUUCUACAUCCCCGGCGCCAUGCUCGGCGGACCCAUCUCCGACAAAAUCGGCCCCCGAUACGCGCUCGUGAUCGGCGUCACCCUCCAAGCCCUCGUCGGCUUCAUCAUGGCCGGCUGCUACGACACGCUCACCCGUCCCGGCCACAUCGCCUCCUUCGCCGUCGUCUACGGCAUCUUCCUCUCCCUCGGCGAGCUGGGCCCCGGUGACAACAUCGGUCUCAUCGCCUCCAAGACCUGCGCCACCGGCGUCCGCGGCCAGUACUACGGUAUCACGGCGGCUAUUGGCAAGAUCGGCGCGUUCGUCGGGACGAGGGUGUUCGUGUACAUCUCGCAGGCUGGGGGUGACGAUGAGACGAAGGCGGCGCAGUAUCCGUUCUGGGUCGCGUCGAGUUUGUGUGUUUUGUCCGCCGUGUUGGCGCUGUUCUGCUUGCCGCAUAUUGGCCAGGAUACGAUCACGCAGGAGGAUACCAAGUUCAGGGCGUAUCUGGAGAGCCAUGGCUUUGAUACUAGGCAGCUGGGUCUUAGCCGUGAUGAGAGCGUUGAGGGAGCGAAUCUGGAAGCUGAGACUGCUGCUAAGGAGUCGGCGGACUUGGAUUCAGCGGUCGCUGAGAAAUCGGCUCUGGCUGAGAAGUCAUCGAACUGAGUGAGGGAGGUGCGAUAUAGGCGUGUUUAUAGUUGAAUAGUUUUGUGCCAGUCUUCGACGUGGUUUUAAUGAGAACACGAGCGUGAAGUGAAGGAGAUAUAAUACUUUUCCAAACGAGUCGAAGCC